AUGCUACGCCAGAUUUUGGCAUUAACAGUAGUGGUGAUAUCAGUGUCUGGGCAUGGUCGUCUGUCAGAUCCUCCUUCUCGAGCCUCAAUGUGGAGAUAUGGCUACUCCACAGUACCCAACUAUGACGACACAGGCCUAUUUUGCGGCGGUUUUUGGAGGCACUAUGAAAUCAAUGAUGGAAAAUGCGGUAUUUGUGGAGACGCUUAUGACUUAGAGGAGCCAAGACCUCAUGAAAUCGGUGGUAUGUACGGUUCAGGCAUCAUUGUUGCUGAAUAUGAGCCUGGGCAAGUUAUUUCGCCUCUUGUAGAAAUUACCGCUUACCACGAGGGAUACUGGGUCUUCAUGAUUUGCCCAGAUCCUACAUCAAAUGACCAAUCUUGCUUCGACCAAUACCCAGUCGAACUUGAAAAGGGAGGAACGAAGUUCUACCCACCUGGCACAGGAGAAUAUAGAGUUAGUUAUCGCCUACCAGAAAACUUGACGUGCGACCAUUGCGUUCUGCAAUGGAGAUAUGUUGCUGGAAACAAUUGGGGAAUAUGUGAAGAUGGUGUAGGAAGAAUGGGAUGCGGAAAUCAAGAAAACUUCUUAGCCUGUGCUGAUAUCACAAUCAAAAGUAAAAUAAUUCCUGUUGUAAAUGCCCCUUUAAUACUUGAUAAACUAAAC